ACUGCGGCUGGCUCCCAAGUGCUUUCUGCAGAGCGCAGGAGAGAGGCGGAGACAGGGAAGGCGCAAAGCCCGCCCAAGGCAGGCAGAGUGCAUCGACGGGGCGGAGCCUGCCGGGCCCGAGGGGCAAUUAAGGAUGAACUUUCGGUGAACUAAUUGAUCGCACGGCCCAAGGUAAAGUGGGCAGCGACCUGGGCCGAGGAUGCCUAUAAAAGGGGGCCCCCGCCGCGGCGCUGGGCCCUUGCGCUCACUCGCCAGCCCCCGGGGGAAGUCUGCCAGCCUGCCCGCCAGCCUGACGGCAGGUGCCCGCCCCGCUCGCUGCAGCCCGGCCCCGGCGGCCAGCAUGGGUUUCUCUGCCUUGCUGCCCAGCGCUGUGCUCACCUUCGUGCUGCUGCCGCUGCUCCUCUUCCUGGCCGCAGUGAAGCUGUGGGACUUGUACUGCCUGCGCGGCCGCGAUCCCAGCUGCCCGCUGCCCCUGCCCCCUGGCACCAUGGGGCUGCCCUUUUUCGGGGAGACGCUGCAGUUAGUGUUGCAGCGGCGGAAAUUCCUGCAGCUGAAGCGGCGCAAGUACGGCUACAUCUACAAGACGCACCUCUUCGGGCGGCCCACGGUGCGCGUGAUGGGGGUGGACAAUGUGCGCCACAUCCUGCUGGGCGAGCACCGGCUGGUGGCAGUGCAGUGGCCGGCGUCGGUGCGCACCAUCCUGGGCGCCGGCUGCCUCUCCAACCUCCACGACGGGCAGCACAAGCACCGCAAGAAGGUAAUCAUGCGCGCUUUCUCCCGGGAGGCCCUGCAGCACUACAUGCCGGUCAUCCAGGAAGAGGUGAGCGCCUGCCUGCGCCAAUGGCUCCUGGUGAGCGCCGGCGGCGGCUCUUGCCUGCUUGUUUACCCGGAGGUAAAACGCCUCAUGUUCCGCAUCGCCAUGCGCAUCCUACUGGGCUUCCGGCCCAGCCCGACGGCGGGCUCGGACGGCGAGCAGCACCUCAUGGAGGCCUUCGAGGAGAUGAUCCGCAACCUCUUCUCGCUACCCAUCGACUUGCCUUUCAGCGGCCUCUACAAGGGCUUGAGGGCGCGCGAUGUCAUCCACGCCAAGAUCGAGGAGAGCAUCCAGGCGAAGCUAGCCGGGAAGGAGCCCCCCGACGGCUACAAGGACGCGCUGCAGUUGCUGAUGGAGCACACGCGGGGCAACGGGGAGCAGCUCAACAUGCAGGAGCUGAAAGAAUCUGCGACGGAGCUUCUUUUUGCUGGGCACGAGACAACUGCCAGUGCUGCUACAUCCUUGAUUACUUUCCUAGGCCUUCACCAAGAUGUGCUGCAGAAAGUGAGGAAGGAAUUGCAGGAGAAGGGAUUGUUGGGCAACAUGAGCCAAGAGAAGCAUUUGGAAAUGGAACUCUUGGAGCAACUGAAGUACACUGGCUGUGUCAUCAAGGAGACUCUCCGUCUGAGUCCACCAGUUCCUGGAGGAUUCAGAGUGGCUCUCAAGACUUUUGAGCUAAAUGGCUACCAGAUUCCUAAAGGUUGGAAUGUCAUUUACAGUAUCUGUGACACACAUGAUGUUGCGGAGCUUUUCACCAACAAAGAUGAAUUCAACCCCGACCGCUUCAUGUCUCCUUUCCCAGAAGACUCCUCACGCUUCAGCUUCAUCCCUUUUGGAGGGGGCUUGAGAAGCUGUGUAGGCAAAGAAUUUGCAAAGAUUCUUCUAAAAAUCUUUACUGUAGAGUUGGCCCGGAACUGUGACUGGCAACUUUUAAAUGGACCACCAACAAUGAAGACCGGCCCUACUGUGUACCCAGAGGACAAUCUGCCAACAAAAUUCACAAGUUUCAAUGGUCGGGUUUAAUAAAUUCCGGAACAGUAUCACUGUGAUCUUAACUUAAGUUUUGGUGAAUUUAAAACAUGCACAAUGGCUUUUCAUAGUGUCCUAAAUUCAAUAUUAUAUAUUUAAAUUUAUAAUGUGUAAUAGUUAUUUAUAAGUGUGUUUUCUAAGAAUAUUUUUAAAGCUAUUUCAUGUAUUAAACUUUUUUUUUUUUUUAGGCAAGCACUGUAAUUAUGAGUCCUUGGGAUUCAUAAAUGGAUAAUUUUAUUUCUAUAGAAAUAAAGUUUCCUUCUAUUUAAGAAUCGUACUCAAAGCUUGUUUACUAAUUAUGCUGAAACCAUUUAAGGACCUUUAUGUGUAUCCAGACACAUGGUCAAAAGUUAAAUGGAAUUAUAUGUAUACUGUGAACCAAAUUAUGUCAUAAAUAAAAAAAAACUCUGCAGCUAGAA